AUGCCUAGCAUGGGAACCAAGGUCGUCACGGUGCGCGUUGGGCGUGAACCCAACCACACCGAUUUCACUGUCCACGAAGAUCCCAUCCGAGCAUCAUCCGCAUUCUUUCAGACCGCCUUUCGUCACCCAUGGCGCGAGUCACUGGAACGCGUCGUUCGACUUCCAGAGUGCGACGCGAUAGAUUUCCAGAUCUACACCCAUUGGCUCUACUCCGGUCUUCUUUGUGCCAUACCUUCAGAAGUUAGCGGUUCCAACGGCGUCAGCUCGAGUCUCGUGCGUGGCUAUCUCCUCGGCGAUUACCUUCAAGAUGCGAGCUAUCGAGAUACCAUUAUUGAUGGCUUGAUUGAGUGGGAUCGCCAUGCAGAUGACGCACCACGCACAAGUUUCCUGUCAUCAUGGAUCAACAUUGUCGAUGACAAGACUAGCGAAGGAAACCCGCUUCAAAAGCUCUUGGUAGACAUCACUGUCUGGAGAACCAGUCAUGUCUGGUGGACUUCCGUUAUCGCAAAGCUGCCUGCCAAUUUCGUUCGCGAUGUUUGCAUUGGUCUCUCUACGCGGUACAGAGUCGAUGGCGCCGUCUUCCCCGUGCGGAUUCAAGCGAACAAUUGCGCAUAUCAUUCUCACGGAGACAAACCUUGCGGCAUUACCGAACAACCAAAGUAA